CUAUUCCUAUUAAACUCUACGAACCCCUAUUACUGUUACCCACAAUUUAAACUCUCAUCCCUCACUUUCUGAGUCUCCCUCUCACUCUCUCAAGUUUAAUUCAAUUUUUUUUUAUUGAAAUCAGUGAAGGCUGCAUUAGAGAUAUAUUAUUGCCAUUUUCAGUCAAAUAUGUUUAUAAUUAAAAAUAAAUAAAUAAGAUUGUCUUGCUGUUGUCACCAAAUGCCAAAUAUGGACCCACAUGGAGCAGGACCCUCUAUACGGACUUUGUUGACGAGGCAGGAUGAGCAUCGUUCAAGUUUGCUUUGGGAUGCUCAUUUGGAAGGCGAGGAUGUGCUAGGUGUAUUGACUUGUCGUCACCGAGAGAAAGGUCUGCUUGAAGGUGGGUUAGAUGGGUUAGAUCCGCGAAUUGUCGCUUAUAUCAUUGAUGCGGGGUUAGAUGGGCUACUUCGGGUCCCACAUAUGGACCUUGACCACGCAUUGAUCACAUCGUUGGUGGAGAGAUGGCGGCCGGAGACGCACUCAUUCCACUUGCCCCGCGGUGAGAUGACCAUCACACUACAAGAUAUGGAGGUUAUAAUUGGGGGUUCCUGUGGAUGGCUUGCCGGUGGUGGGAUGUACAUCCCCGCCGAUCAAUUGGCGCGACCUCUGCGGCAAGUUGCUAGGGCAUAGGCCGCCAGAGAGAGAACUUGGUAAAAAUAAGAACACUGGAGUGAUGGAAGGGCCGAGGGUAAAAGCCAAAUGGCUUGAGGAUCGGUUUAGCAACCCUCUCCCGGUUGACGCCCCUGAAGGGCUUGUGCAGAAGUAUGCUCAGUUUUAUAUAGUGGAGAUGUUAGGUGGUACGCUGUUUAUGGACAAGUUUGGAGAACGGAUCUCAAUUAGGUAUCUGCAAUUUUUCGAUCCAAUCAGCAACGGAAAGAAGUAUAGUUGGGGUAGUGCAGCACUAAGUUGGCUCUAUAGACACCUCUGUAAUGCAUCAGAGAAGACAGCCAAGCAGAUCGGCGGUGCACUGCUAUUGGUGCAGUUGUGGGCGUGGGCGAGGUUUCCACACAUAUGUCCUGUGAUGAGGCAUCCACACCAGGCACUGCCUCUAGGUCCACUUGCUAUCAGAUGGAAAGGGGCUAAGAUAACAACUGAACAUUCAAUGCACGUCCUACGUGCCUAUUGUGUGUCGCUUACUUCACUACGGCCAAAUCAGAUUGUCUGGGAGCCGUACAGAAAUUAUUUGGGUUCCCUGCCCGCAUAUUGUACGGCAGGCCAACACAUAUGGAGGUCUAUCGUACCGCUCAUACAUUUUUGGGUGGUUGAAGGCCAUCAUCCCGAACGUGUUCUCCGACAGUUUGGGAUGAAGCAAGGCAUACCAGUCGAUGUUGAUACUUCAAUUGAACUGCACAAGAUAACCCUCCAGGGCAAGCACCAUCAAGAUUGGGUUGAAGUAUAUGCCCCGCAUAUUGCUAAAUGGGUUGCGCACGACAUAAUUGCUGAUGCACCGCCCUUUCAUGGGGAGAUGAGCUACAAUGACGAGUAUAUGGUGUGGUUUCGUCCCCGCACUGUUCGCCAUAUUACAAAAGAGACUUCGUACUGGGACACUUUGGUUGAAUCGCAGUUGAGCAUUUUGGCGAAGUGCGAACCAGGGUCUAAGAUUUACACCAACUCUAUUAAUGCCUUGCAAGUUGUUGAAGAGAUUGGUCGGUUAACCUUGGACCAUGCACGCGAGGUGGGCAACACAAGUGAACCGGCUGUAGGUCGUGGUCGGCAAGCAGGUGGACGUCAAAGGCAUAGAGGCCGUCAAUCUAGUCAGCGUCAUACAUCUAGUCGGCCUUCCACGUUUGGUCAGCGUCACACACCCGUGCCCACAUCUAGUCGACGUCCCACGUCUAGUUAAUGUCAUACAUCUGGUCCGCGUGACACACCCGUGCCCUCAUCUAGUCGGCCUCACACACCCGUGCCUAUAUCUAGUCGGCGCCACACACCCGUGCAUGACCACACCAUGGAGGAAGCAAGUCAGACAACAGAUGAGAUGUGUUUGGACAUUGCUUAUGACAUAGGCUCCAUGGCACACGAUGAUGCGGGUCCAUCCCAUACAUUCCCAUUGACUACCGGCACUGCCCCCACAGUUGUACAUGGUAGAGAUGAGAUGAGGUCCAUGCCCACUCUUGGGCGACCCACCCCUGGUGCUGUCCCCCCUGAGUUUGUGCAUACCGAGUUCAUCCAGACACAGAUACCCACCCCCCCACCAGAGCCUUCGCACAUUGAGGCCUUCCACGUUUGGUCAGCGUCACACACCCGUGCCCACAUCUA